AGCAUUCAAGCAACAAAUGUCUAUCGGUCAUGUAGCCUGUGUGGAACUGCAUGAAUGACAAUUACAAUGGCAAAACGACACCCGGCAAGAACAAUGUGAAGAUGAGCGGACGGGUGGUCCAAGAGAACAAGACCCUAUUCAGUUUGCUAGAGCGUGAGGCCGGCCGGCAAGAUACAUUUGGACUAGCUUGGGCUACCUACGGAGCUGUCGAAUAAAUAUUUGGCGCUUGCUGAUGGGCUAGACAAGAUCUCGUCCCAAACACGAACGGAGGAACAUCAGGAUCAUGGGCAAAGCCGUCGCUGGCCAGCUGAAUGCCGAAACUGCUGGCCCUGCUGGCCGACCCCAGCAGCAGCCACCGCCGCCUGCGAACCAUGGCCGGUGGCAGCAUCUGCCACCCGGUGUCUCUGGUCGACCCCUGGUGGAGGUGUUUGGCACGAGGACUAACUUCCCCGUAGUCGGAACCAUCGCCGUCUUCGACGGAACAUGCGGCCAGAUCGUCUACGAAAACGAUCAAGGACGAGGGCGUGCUCGCAUCAGCAACCCUGAGGAUUUUACAGAUUUGGUACUCACCGGACCACACAGGGCCAUCUCAGCCGAUGGCGGGAGCUUCGCCGUGAAAGUCGAUCUCCCCAGCUCCGACGAAUCUGACGAUGUCGACGGAGCCACGCUCUGGGAGUGUGACGCCGAUGACACCGAUUCCAUGGUUGAAUCUAGCAUCACUACAGACAAUGGCAACAUCGUUGUGACGUGCGCGAUGUUAAGCAACGCCGUGGAGGCCACCGUUCAUGUCAACCUUGCUGCUACCACCACCACCCACGUCUAUGGCAAAAUCUUCGCGCACAUCCCACAGUUCCGAGACGAGGAUAACAUGGUUCUCUUCGACCGUGGAACCGAUGAGAUGGUGGAGCUCGCCCCCUCCUCUUCUGGCUCCGUCAUCCCGCUGGCGCGAUCAGUAGUUGCGGUGCCAAUUGGCUCGCCUCUCGUGAUCAUGAAGGUAAGCCUCCAUGCAACAACAACACCACCAGCAAUAGCUCCUGUACAUGAAGAUACCGCCAUUCCUAUUGGCGGGCGAUCUCAUUUUCCACUUGGACGAGCAUAUGCUGCCAAUCCACACCGCCAUUGGCCAGCUCAGCAUCCAUGUCGAUGUCACCCAAUGAGUGCAGGGAGAGGGAACCACUUCCCCAGAUCAAUUGAUCUCAGGAGCAUUAGUUGGUGAGUUUAUAUAUGGUUUGCAGUGGUGCCGACUGAAUUAGUUGGAUAUCUGGCUCCAAGCCAAGAGGGUCGAGGAGGAAAUCCACUCGAUCUCGACCGCCACUCAUAGCUAAAUACAUUUUCACCAAAUUAUCUGGGCCAAUCAAUUUCCUCAUAGCCACUAGGGAUCUGGAUACCUAGGUGUUCUGAAUGUAUAUAUAU